AUGGCAUUACCCAGUACCACGAUAAUACCUUUCUCGGCCUUGCCCUCUUGCGCAGUCAACUGCGGCCCUCUCUAUGACGCCAAUGGUGCUUGCGUGCCUCCUGUCGCCACGGCGACCGAUGUGGCCAGCUGGGAUAGCUGCUUGUGUGGCUACGCAAAGCUUCAGCCUUUCAGCAGCACCUCGGCUGGGGUCUGUGAUACUGCAUGUACCGCAGAUGCCGGCGGGCUGGCCAGCAUACAGACCUGGUUCACGAGUUUCUGUGGAGAAAAAGCCGCUGCAACGGCAACGAGCUCUUCUGCGACGAGCUCAAGUACGAGUAGUGGUAGUUCGGCGCACAACAGUCAGGAUGGCGGUGGAGACUGGCUUUCAACACAUUGGAAAUGGGUUAUAAUGAUCGUCAUCGUCGUUGUGGGAAUUAUAGGCAUCUGGGUCGGUGCUUGUAUCUGGCGCCGCCAGUACCUGAAGAGAAAGGAUCGCCUUUACGAACUCGGCAAGGGAUUGCCCAGCAACGUCGCUGUCAACACACAAGGCGCUCUGGUCGGGCCCGGUGCAAGGGAUAGCCAGCUUUCCGGGCCCGGUGCGAGGGAUAGCCAGUUUUCCGAGCCGGGCAUGUUCAUGUCCGGCUCAGGUGUUGCCAGCGAGAAGCCCAAGACCGGGAAGAGCUGGAAGGUCAACCAACGAACAUGA